AACAAUACAUAGAGCCUUUAGUCUUAUUGCAACAUUUUUGUUUUUAAUCAUAAUUCUUUCCUUUAAUAUAUCUGAAGUUCAUGAUGAGAAACCAAACGUCAGUGAUAGAGUUCAUUCUUCUUGGAUUGACAGAUGACACCGAGCUUCAGGCUGUGCUUUUCCUUUUUCUGCUUCUAACUUAUGUCUUAAGUAUUAUGGGAAAUUUGACCAUCAUCAUUCUGACCCUGCUGGAUUAUCGCCUCCAGAGUCCUAUGUAUUUCUUCCUCCGGAAUUUUUCCUUUCUGGAAAUUUCUUUUACCUCUGUCUUUGUUCCCAAAAUGCUAGUCAAUAUCGUAACUGGAGACAAGACUAUUUCCUUUGCUGGUUGCUUCACUCAGUAUUUUUUUGCCAUCCUUCUCGGAGCCACUGAAUUUUACCUUUUAGCCACCAUGUCCUAUGAUCGCUAUGUUGCCAUCUGUAGACCCCUGCAUUACAUGACCAUGAUGAGUAGGAGACUGUGCAUUCAACUUGUCCUAUGUUCCUGGUUCUCUGGUUUGUUAGUUGUCCUUGUGCCACAUAUAAUGACUCUCCAGCUGCCCUUCUGUGGGUCCAACAUCAUCAAUCAUUAUUGCUGUGACUACACUGUACUGUUACAUUUGUCCUGUUCAGACACAUAUUUCAUAGGAAUGAUUGAGUUUUUCCUUACUGGGGCUACACUCAUCUUUACCUUAGUUUUAGUGAUUCUUUCCUACACAUACAUUAUCAGGACAAUUCUGAGAAUCCCCUCUGUUCAUCAAAGGAAAAAAGCUUUUUCUACUUUUUCCUCUCACAUGAUUGUGGUCUCACUAUCUUAUGGAAGCUGUAUCUUUAUGUAUAUAAACCCUUCUGUUGAGGAUGCAGCCACUUUUAAUAAGGGAGUGGCUGUGCUAAAUACCUCAGUUGCCCCUCUGUUGAACCCAUUCAUCUAUACCCUAAGGAACCAGCAAGUGAAAAUAGCCUUCAAAGAUAUGGUCAGCAAGAUACAAUUUUUUUUCAAGAAAGUGAAACUAUUUGAGGUACAUCAUUAAAACGAAUAACAAAGAAAUGUUUGGAAGACUAGAGGUGGACUUUAUAAUAAUUUAACAAUAUUUUUUUCUACAUUAUCUCAUUAAUGUUCCUAAUUGAACAGUGAACUAUUUACCCAAUUAAACUACU